CAAACAAUGAAAUCCGCGUUCAUUAUCGUUGUGGAAGUAUAUGACGUGCUGCUGAGCUUGGUGACCCUUUGAUAUUUAGCAUAAAAAAUAAUCAAACGUGAACUCUUUUACACAUAGCAACGCGUCCCUCCUUUCAAUUGUGCCUUUUUUUACAGCCAUGGCCACAGCAUCAAAUCCUGAAGCAUACAAACCAGAGCGUCUUGCAAAACCUACGACAAUCUCUCCCGGAGAGCUACUUUUUGUCAGAGUUAAAAACUGGCCUUGGUGGCCUGCUAUUAUCGUUGCCGACGAUGAAGUCACACCCGAUGUUGUUAAAAGUCUUGCAAAACCUAACGAGAACCCAACUAGCGAACAAUACUACAUUCUCUUCCUUCAUUCAUUUGAUUUCGGCCGUGUUCCGAUCGAAAAAAUACGGGUAUUCGAUCAUUCACAGGCCCAAGCAGCGCUUAGUAACACUUUGAUUAAAAGAUUGGAUCUGCGAGCAGCACUGCGUCUGGCGUUGGAUCCAGAGCAUGCUCUAUCCCUACACCGCCCGUUUAUCGACAAGGAGAUGGAGCGUGAUUGUGGAACGAUAUCGCAAAUGGAAUUUGAUGCUUGGGACAAUAAGCAAAAGAAAGUAAGAAGAAAACGGGCAGCAGUCGAGAGAACACUUUUGGCCCAAUUGAUGGAGAUGCCGUCUACCGACUCUGAAAAACAACAACCAUCGACAAAGACACUGCCGGCACAAAAGACAAAUCAGGCCCCAAAAGAAGAAACACAAGGGCGAUCGGAAAACGAGACGCAGCAUAAAGGAGAUCAAGAUGAGGAACAAGCGAAAGGACGCGGAAAACGACAUGUAAUGAACAAAACGGUCGAAGCCAGCAGCAGCAGCACCACCGGACAACUAAAACAGCAACCAGCGCGAAGCACAAGGCGGAAACAAGUCAUAAAGCAUGAAGGCGAAACUGUUGUCGAGCAGCCGCAAUCUGUAAAACAAGAAAAAGCAGAAGAAGUCGAGGUAACCGUCGACGACUCACCAGCACCCGCAGAAACGCAGCAACCGGUCGAAGAAUCACAGCAAUCCACACGAACCGAUCCGCCAUCUCAAACAACAGCUGAGGAGUCGCAGGAAAGCCUUAAACCUGGGCUGACUGAACAACCGCAGCCAACAUCUAUCCAGUCACAGAAACUUGUUGAUGAAGAAGCAGCACAGCUUCUUCCAGCCGAUCAUGUCAAAUCUCCACCAGUCACUACUACUAUUGCUACUGAGCAACCCAUCCAAAACGAGGAACAACGACAACACAUGCAGCAUCAGGCAUCGGCAUCGGAAAGUCUUCCUCAAGAGUCAGUUCAUCAACAACCACUCCAAGAACAACAGCAAAACAUGGAACGAAGGAGUCGGCGGAAAUCCUUGAGUCCAGAGAAAUCAGAGAGCUCCCAACGACCACAGGAACAGCGACGAGGCACGCCUUCCAUCGGUGCUACUAAGCGUGAAGCCGAAGAACCACACGAUGACGCCGAGAAGCCUCAGAAAAAGCGAGUGCGACGUACUACCAACGAUAACGAUGAUGAUGAUGAUGUACAGAUGCAGCAAGCAGACACCCCACAACAAGAGCAACAAGAGCCUGGACGAGGACAAUCCCCAACUGAUGUGGCCGUAGUACCUUUAUCACCUGGCGCUCGGGUGCCCGCUGCAGAAUUGAAUCGUCAUCUACUGGAACUUCCGAAAGACGACUCCAGAGUGACCAUCAAUAACAACGACGACAACGUCAACAACGACCAAGUUAUCGAAGAAAAACCAGAAGCCAUGCAAGUUGAUGAAGAGAUCCAGACUCCUGUACCAACAGCUACCACGACUACAAGCGAAAACGUUGUAGCAGUAAUAGAAUCGCCACCACAACAAGUUGCUGAAGUGAUAGAAGAAACUGGGAUAGCGACGACGAUGAUUACAGCAGCGACACCAACAAACGAGCAGCAACAACAACAAUCUGUCCUUGUUCCCAACGGUAGCGAUGACACUGCUGCUUAUACUACCAGUCAUGCUGAUGAGCGGCUGACAGAGGAACGGCAGUUCAAGCGUGCCAUCAUCAUAAAGUACCGGCUACAAACACUGAUUGAGAGACAUCGUCCGGGCAAGUGGCCAGUAAAGGAUAAUCGAUUAAUGAGAGUGGCGAUCAAUGACAUUCGCAAAGCUCAACUGUCCAAGAACACUGUACAGCUCCUGCACCUGCGGCACUGGGUAUCGUUGGCAUCCAAAUAUACAUUCUCAAAGGAAAAGGAUAUUGUGUUUGACUACAAGGCCGAACUAGCCAGUAUUUUGGAUAGCUGGGAUCCAUAAAAACCCAUUUUUAUGUACUUUUUGAAUAAUAAUAAUAAUAAUAACGAUCCCACAGUCAGCAUCACCAUGCAUCCACCCCAUUCAUCAUCUCCUUUUUUACAAACGUAUGGAUCACUGCUACUAGACUGUAGGGCGUGCAAUUGAUAUCAAGUGCCAUGGGAAUAAUUUACAUAGCGGCGUAAAUAUACCAUAUCUGGGGGGGUGUGGGUUGUUUGGAUAGCUUAAAAACUUGA